UGUAGGCCCAGGAAGCCGCAAUCGGCAGGGAUUCGCAUGUGACGUGCCCUGUAUUUCCUGGUUGUUCCAUGUAUGUUUCAAGAGAACGCUUGAGGAUUCCACGUUUGGUUCUGACUUGGUAAAACAGAGACUCCUCCUUUUCCAAAUUAAAGCACCAUGCGACACGGUUGAAAGCUUUUCUCUGUCUCAGACUCUGAAUAAGAAUCUCGGUGAAUAUAAUUGUGCUAGUUCCUGAAGCCCACAAUCAUCUGCACACUCCGACCAAAAUCCAAGAAUAGAAAGGAGGAAUAAACAUCCUUCAAUAAGUUGUCGUGACAUGUCAUGAGUUGACUUCACAACCACGAAAAUUUCAUAGCUUUGAAGCAUCCGCCGUUUAAAUUUCCAUUCCCCAUCUGUAUUCCACGGGGGGGAAACUGCACUGUAGUAACCCCUGAAGUUCCCAAGAAAUCUCUUCCUCGUUCCCGCACAAAAAUCCUCCUUAUUUUCUAUAUCUACCCCAUUAAUAAGCACUACAAUACUAACACCAAUAUACUAACCCACCAUGUCGAAGCAAAAUCCACCGCCGUUCAUCCUGGAAAUCACUGUACUGUCAGCGGAGGGAUUGGAGACCACCUCUUCUUCAACUCUCUUUUCACGCCGUAUCAAGCCCUUCAUCACCUUCACCACGGUUCCACCCAGGCCCUUCAGCCCCAACAAGAGCGGUAAUAAGAAGUGCCAUGUGUACAAAACAAGCGUGGAUGAUGAAGGAGGCACCAACCCCACCUGGGGUGACAAGUUCCGGGUCCCUCUGGACACAGCCUUCUUUGCAAACAGAUUCUCCGCCAUUUAUCUCCAUCUCUUCACCAAGGGGCUCAUUGCGGGACAGGUCCAACUGGGUUGGUUUCAUAUUCCGGUCAACGACUUGGGGUCACCGCCAGUUGGGUCAGUUCGGUACUUGAGUUACCGGCUGCGUGCCAGAGACGGCUCAAGGUGCCAAGGGAUUGUCAAUCUUUCCAUAAAGUUAGAAACUUUAGCCUCUGUUGCCGGCCAAAGAGUCCCAGAUUCGGAGUCACCGAUGGUUGACAUGUGUCGCACCGUGAUUGGCAUACCGGCAACGUUGUUCAGACAUGUACAGGUAAGAGUGAGUGAGUGAGUGAGGGGACUGUGUCAAACAGAGUUAGGUUUUAGUUGAAAACAUGUCCGGGCGUUUUGACGGUAGGUGUUGUUUGAACUGUGUGAAGUGGCUCUUGGGAAAUCCAGUUGUUUGGAACUCACCAGUAAUCAAAGUGAACAGGUGUAGAAAAUAUACUGUAUUAAUCAUUUUGGGGGUGGAGUUUGUACUCUGAUUUCUGCAUAUGUUAAAAAACAGGAGCCAUUACGGGCAUUAUCGUACCGUACCUCUCUAAAGGGGCUGAGACAAAAAGCUUGACCCUUCUGUUUCGGAGAGAGAACUACCGACUACGCAAUGAUUACUGAGUUUGGUUUUGAGUACA